AUGAACAUGCUGAGACGCUCGUUGGCCUGGGUGCCACGAUGCCGAGCUGUUAGUACGCUGAUGGACAAUACGGAGGUAGUCUCUGCUAGACCUCUUUUCAAGCCUGGGCAGAACAUUGAGAAGGCCAACAAUGCCAUCGCUACUGGAACGACAGGACGGGCUUUCUGUGUUAUACAUACAUCUGGCAGGCAAUACAAAGUGACCAAUGGAGACGUGAUCGUCACCAAUAAAAUGCACUGUGCGCCAGGAUCUCACAUAGUGUUCAACAAAGUUCUUUUAGCUGGCACUAAAGACUUCACCUUGCUUGGCACACCCAUGCUAAGCCCUCGACUCGUUCAGGUGACUGGCACCGUAAUUGAACAGGUGAUUGGUGCAAAGAAGAUUCGCUACCUCUUCAAGAGAAGAAAACGCUACCGGCGGAAACGAGGCCUUCGACAACAUAUGACCACAGUGCGUAUCAAUGAUGUUGGACUGCAACCUAAUAUUGACGCAUAA